GACUGUGUGACGAUUUACAAAAUGUUUCUGAGUUAAUUUUUUUUAAAAAAGCAUUCAGGGUGUGUUACGUGUGAAGACAAAUACAAAAACUGCAUUUGAUUUUCAAGCUGAUGUUUUGGGUUUAAAAUCAUAUGUAUAAUUAUAAAUGUCUCCCAGUUUAUAAGCUUGUACUGAAAUAAGUAUGUGAUUAAGAACACUUUUAGGGUACUGGUGGGUAACGCUCUCCCAACAAACAAAUGUAGUCUUUAUUUUGUGAAAAUGCCCUGAGACGGUUUCCCUGUAGUAGUUCCCCUCCAGCCCUCAGUCUCUCACCCCUGAAACAGGAGGAGCCAAUUUGUUCUGCACUUGUUUACGUUUGUUUUCAAAAGCUAUGCAUCCUAUAUCUAUAGGCAGAGAGGCAAUAGCAGGUAAAGAAUUUAUUUACACCCAGAAUUUAUUUACACAGGCAUUCUCUCAAAUCGCACUGAUGCACUAUUUCCUCUUCUGUAGUUGCGUAAAACUGCGUUCCACCUCAGACAUGACGAUCCCAGUUCACAUGCCCGAACAAUUUAGAAGCAAGUCUUUGAUUUUUUUUUUUUUUUUGAAUGCCCAGUAGAGAGCAGGAAAACAGGCAACGACACGGUGACGGACAAAUGAGAAAGUCCAGCCCUCAAUAAGGAGCCCCGAGUGCAAUAAAACACAGACAACGGCAGGACAAACUUAAUUCUCUACCUUCCGCAGAAUCCUUUCCCCAAAUUAACUGAGAGUCUGCGUGUGAGUUCUUCUGUUCAAGGCAACAGAGAUCUUAGGUCAGAAACCCAAGCCGGAUUCCCUCCAGUGCUUAGAGAGUUAAGUUAGUUAGGUUUCUUUUCUAGCUUCCCAGAGGGAGGGGGAAAAAAAGAAAAGAAAGAAAGAAAGAGAAAGGAAAAGAAAGGCAAGGCAAAGCCCGGGGUCCGGCGGCAGCGUCCGCAGCCCGCGCCCCCGCCGCCCUGCCCUCUCCGCGCCGUUUGCAGCCCCCGCGGCUCCUCCGCACCCUUCCUACCUGCCUGGCUCCGCAGCUCCUCGCAGCCUCCCGUCGCCUCCCUCCUGAUUGGGCAGAGGCCCCCCAAUCGGCUGCGCGCCUGGGCCGGUGGGACUGCAUAUGUUAAGCUCUACUUCAUAUUAAUAAGCUCCAAUCGGGGCUUUAAGUCCUUGAUUAGGAGAGUGUGAGAGCUUUGGUCCCAACUGGCUGUGCCCAUAGGCUUGUCACUAGGAGAACAUUUGUGUUAAUUGCACUGUGCUCUGUCAAGGAAACUUUGAUUUAUAGCAAGGGGUGCACAAAUAAUGGUUGCCGGUCGCACAUGGAUUCGGUAGAACUUUGCCUUCCUGAAUCUUUUUCCCUGCACUACGAGGAAGAGCUUCUCUGCAGAAUGUCAAACAAAGACCGGCACAUUGAUUCCAGCUGUUCGUCCUUCAUCAAGACGGAACCCUCCAGCCCGGCCUCCCUGACGGACAGCGUCAACCACCGCAGCCCAGGUGGCUCUUCAGACGCCAGCGGGAGCUACAGUUCAACCAUGAAUGGCCAUCAGAACGGACUUGACUCGCCACCUCUCUACCCUUCUGCUCCUAUCCUAGGCGGCAGUGGGCCUGUCAGGAAACUGUAUGACGACUGCUCCAGCACCAUUGUUGAAGACCCCCAGACCAAGUGCGAAUACAUGCUCAACUCAAUGCCCAAGAGACUGUGCCUGGUGUGCGGCGACAUCGCAUCUGGGUACCACUAUGGGGUAGCAUCCUGCGAAGCCUGCAAGGCCUUCUUCAAGAGGACGAUUCAAGGUAAUAUAGAAUAUAGCUGCCCUGCCACGAAUGAAUGUGAAAUCACAAAGCGCAGACGUAAAUCCUGCCAGGCUUGCCGCUUCAUGAAGUGUUUAAAAGUGGGCAUGCUGAAAGAAGGAGUGCGUCUUGACAGAGUACGUGGAGGUCGGCAGAAGUACAAGCGCAGAAUAGAUGCGGAGAACAGCCCGUACCUGAAUCCUCAGCUGGUUCAGCCAGCCAAAAAGCCAUUGCUCUGGUCUGAUCCUGCAGAUAACAAGAUUGUCUCCCAUUUGUUGGUGGCUGAACCGGAGAAGAUCUAUGCCAUGCCUGACCCUACCGUCCCCGACAGUGACAUCAAAGCCCUCACUACACUGUGUGACUUGGCCGAUCGAGAGUUGGUGGUUAUCAUUGGAUGGGCGAAGCAUAUUCCAGGCUUUUCCACGCUGUCCCUGGCCGACCAGAUGAGCCUUUUGCAGAGUGCGUGGAUGGAAAUUCUGAUCCUUGGUGUUGUGUACCGGUCUCUUUCCUUUGAGGAUGAACUCGUCUAUGCAGAUGAUUACAUAAUGGAUGAAGACCAGUCUAAAUUAGCAGGCCUUCUUGACCUAAAUAAUGCCAUCCUGCAGCUGGUGAAGAAAUACAAGAGCAUGAAGCUGGAGAAAGAAGAAUUUGUCACUCUCAAAGCGAUAGCGCUUGCUAAUUCAGACUCCAUGCACAUAGAAGAUGUCGAAGCCGUUCAGAAGCUCCAGGAUGUCCUCCACGAGGCCCUGCAGGAUUACGAGGCCGGCCAGCACAUGGAAGACCCUCGCAGGGCUGGCAAGAUGCUGAUGACGCUGCCCCUCCUGAGGCAGACCUCCACCAAGGCGGUGCAGCACUUCUACAACAUCAAACUGGAAGGCAAAGUCCCCAUGCACAAACUUUUUUUGGAAAUGCUGGAGGCCAAGGUCUGACUAAAAGCUUCCUGGGCCAUCCUAUCCUGCACGCCGAAAAAGGGAAAAAUCAACCCAAGAGUGAUGUUGAAGAAACGUAGAGUUUAGUUAACAACAUGAGAAAUCAACAGACUGCACUGAUAACUUAGCAGCGAGACAACGAAGCAGCUUUCAGACGCCUCCGCAUCUCCCUGAUGAGUUUCUUUGUACCUUAUCUCAUCUUUUCUUCCUUUUUUUUCUUCUUUGUUUUUUUUUUUUCUUUUCUCUCUCUCUCUU